AUGUCGUGGAAUACUGCCAAAAAGAGGUUCCAGAAGGACUUGGACAGAUACCCGGAGCUCAUCCGUGAGGUUCUUGUCAAGAGAUCCAACAGGUUCAACUUGCCUACCUUUGAAUCUACCAAGUAUGUUCCAAAGCACGAGAGAAAGACGAAGAUGGAGGAUGUUGGACUCGCAAGUGGAGACAUGGUGUACAUUGCAGAGGGAGAGCACAAAGGCAAGAUCACCUCUGUACUUCAAUACUCACAGGAGUCUGACAGCGUGAUUUUGACCGAUGUUUUGUCAAAGAGAAUCAUUCCCAAGGCAUGGUGGAUCCAGAACCAAACCAGUCAUGUUAUGGAGUACCCAGACAACAUUCCAAGAGAAUACGUCAAGUUGGCUGCAAAGGAUAGAGAUGACACUGGUAAGAUCUCGUAUGUUGUAGCCGAUGAGGUUGUCUACAAGGAGAAGUACUAUGAUGAUAGAUACAAGAAAUGGUUACCCAAGAGAUUUGUCAAACACCACGAAACUAUCGAGAUCCCUUGGCCAAAGCCACCUACGGAGAUUGAGGAUGACCGCAACUCGACCACUGCCGAUGCAGUUUUCACCAAGACCUACGAGGACCAGACUGUCGCCAAAUCCCCUCUUCCACAGGGUGUGUUGGCAGAGCUCAGAAACCCAUACUCGUCCUACAAGAAGAAGACGCUCACGGAAGUCCAGGCCAGGAAGCUCACUGCUCCAAAGAUGCCAUUAUCUACUGAGCAGAAGAUCUACUUGGCCAAGAAGGCUCAGGAGCCUGAGAAGAAGCUUGAGCCAUUGUCUGACGAAGUGAAGGACUUCAUCGGAACCAAGAUUGCUCAGCACCUUGCGAAGAUCGAAAACCCUGCAUUGUUGACGCACUUGGAAGCUUUGUCCAAGGCAAAGGUUCCGGACUUUGAAAAGACCAUGAAGAAGCUCUCAGAGAAUGAGAAAUAG